CCCAUGACCCUUUCCCGAGUACCCGUCUUGUUUGGUGACGAGUUCUUGAGUUCUUGGCCUCCCAGUCCGAGGGGAAAUCGAGAGAAAUCAAGGAACAGGCAUUUCGGAAGAUUCGCGAACCCCUCCGACCUCGUCUCCGCCCUUCCCAUGGCGGCGAAUACCCAGGGUUGCGACCUCCCGGAGGAGAUGAUCUCGGAGAUCCUCAUCCGCCUGCCGCGCAAGUACCUCCUCCGCUGCGGCGCGGUCUGCAAGGCCUGGCGCCGCCUCACCGCAGACCGCUCCCUCCUCUUCAACCACCACCUCCGCCAGCCAGCCCAGCCCCUCAUCACCUUCUUCCACGAGAGAAGCGACGCCCUCGGCUUCUCCACCAACUGUCUCGAGGCCGUCGACCUCGCCGCCGACACGCGCCGCCGGGUGCUCGCGCGGUUCGCCGACAAGGAGCGCCGCUGGGACCGCGACCGCAACUACAACGCCUUCUACGCGCUCGGCAUCCACGGCUCCUGCGACGGCCUCGUCCUCCUCAGCUUCGAGUCGUCCAACGCCUUCAACACCACCUUCUUCGUCUGCAACCCCGCGACGCGCCAAGGUACCCUCCUCCCGCUGCCUCGCGAUGUCCUAGGGAUCGCCGGGUUCUACGCGCACGCCGGCGCCGCUUCCCGGGAGUACCGGGUGCUGUACCUCUACCGGCGCCGGGACAACGACGAGAGCGAGUGCUUCAUCCUUACGCUGGGCUCCCAGGUGCCCAGGUCCAUCCAGCGUCGGGCGUCGUCCGCCGCCGUGUUCGGGGAGGUGGAGAGAGUGCUCCACGGCGCUUGCAGCUGGCCGCCCGUCCUUCUCCACGGCAGCCUGCACUGGCCGCCGACGCGCCAACAGCAGGGCGGCAUACUACUGGUCUUCCACACAGAUGCCGAGUCUUUCAGUUCGAUUCCUCCUCCUGCGGCCGCCGGCGCAUGUGAGCACGCUCGGCUGUUCGAGAUGGACGGCAAGCUCGCCAUGUUCUGCUGGCAGAAAAAUACGUGGACCUCCGAUCUUUGGCUCAUGGACGACUACCAGGCGGCCGUCUGGAUCCGCAGGCACCAGAUCGAGCUAUCGCCCAUGCCCCGUCCCUCCCAAGGGUUCCUCUGGAAUCCACCAUUCGUGUACCGAGGGGGAGAUAUGCUGAUUGAUGGCGCCUGGAGAUCCGUGUUGCACUAUGACAGCAAGGGGCAAUUGCAGGGCUCUUUCGGCUGCGAUGUUUUCCGCCUCCAACUUACUCCAUAUCUGCUCAAAGAAAGCCUUGUCCUCCAUGACUUCCUCCACGAGUUCCUCGGUGUUGCAUGAUGACAACAACGGGCAAUUGCAGGGGUCUUCCGACUGCGAUGUUAGCCGCCUCCAACUUUCUCCAUGUCUGCUCAGACAAAGCCUUGUCUGUCCUCCAUGACUUCCUUCACACGCAGCAGCAGAAUGGCUGAUGAUUUCCCAGUGACAUGGUUACUUCUUUGAGUAUUCUUUCAUGCUUAGGACAUUGCAAAAGGCUACUGGUCAAACUCAAACCAAUUAGCUUUUAUGAUCGAUUUACGUAUCUGAACUUGUCUGUGCCUCUCAUGGUUGGCAAAAUUGUAACCAGAGGCUCCUACAUAUUUCUCCAUUCUUUCAUUUUUGGUAGAUAUGACAGCAGAGGCUUCUCCUAGUUAGACACAGUUAUCACUUUUAAUGUUGCGAUACAAUGACUUGCCGAUAUGCUACGGGACUUGGUGCCAGCCAGCUGUUCAAGUUUUUCCAUACAAAGAUAACAUUGUCAUCUGGAUGUUGUUCAAUUUUUUUUUCAUACAAAGAUAACAUUGUCAUCUGGUUGUUUGCAUGCCCAGAAACUAGCAUAUGAUUUGUAUCCUCAAAAAUUUUCUUCAGUGAUUGAGUGUGAAGACGCAGCAGAAUGGCGUUGUAGCUAAAUCUCCUUCCUUCGAGGGAUUGUAGAGUUUCCUGAUGGUACCCAGUGACAUAGUUACUUCUUCUAGUAUUCAUGCUUAGGAUAUUGCAAAAAGCUACCAGUGAAACUCGAUCCAAUUAGCUUUUCUGAUCAAUUUGCGUGUUCGAACUUGUCUGUGCCUCUCAUGGUUGGUAAAUUUUUUGAAUAGAUGCUCGCAGAUAUUUCUCCCUUCUUUCGUUUUUGGUAGAUAUGAUAGCAGAGGCUUCUUUUAGUUAGACACAGUUAUCUCUUUUAAUGUUGCAAUACAAUGACUUGCCGAUAUGCUGCUGGAUUUGGUGCCAGCCAGUUGUUCAAGUUUUUUCAUACAAAGAUACCAUUUUCAUCUGGCUGUUUGCAUCUCCAAAAACUAGGAUAUGAUUUAUACAUGCUGAAGAAUUUUCUUCAGUGAUUGAGUGUGAACACUGAAGAUACUGACGAUCUUAAGUGUUUCUUUUUUCUCUGUUUAGUGGAAACUUCGAACUGAACUGAUGCUUCUCUGUUAUUUGUGUGCAAUAAUUAGCAUAUUUUUAUCCUCUCCUAUAUUCAACCAUAAAAGUUACCUGCAGAUCAGAUCAUCAAACCUUAGGUACAUUCUUGAUUAUAUGUUGAUUAGUUAUGUUCCAUAGCUGUGAAAUUUGGUCUAGUAAGUUGUCUAGCUAAUGUUAACACCAACUUUUUCAAGGUCAUGAGUUGUUGUUUACCACUUCACUUACACUAAAAUUGGAUAUCUGUAUGCAUGCCAUUCCCUUCUCUGAGAAAGGUUCUAGGAAAAAUGGGUCUGAAGAUUGUUUAGUUGCAAUAUGAUGUCAAUUACCUAAAGCAGCACAUACGGUAUUGUAUUUACUUAAGGUUGAUGACUUGGAGUAAUAUGUGAAAUAAUCAGUAGAUUAACAGUGAGUUGUGCAGAAGGACGUUGUCUAUUAAAAAACAAUUUAAAUGCCGUUUAGCUUGAAUUGUCGCUUCCAUAGUGGCAUGCAUCUUACGACUGAUGUGUUUCUAGAAAAAAAACAUGAUGUGGCCAUGUGGGUGUUUUUUUUAAACAAGGAUAGAGGCUUUGCCAUUUCAUUGACAAAAGUAGAAGAUAAUUGGCCAGUUUAUAAGGAAAACUGGCCCAAAACUGAAUGGUGUGGGUAUAUUGGUAGUUACUUCCACAAGUAUCAUUGUGACACGCAUUGGACUGUUGAGUUUCUAUCUUAAACAAAAAGGCUUGCUACUGGACUUUGAUAUGACCAAAAUUUGAGAAUUGAUGUUGAAGUUGUUUGUACGCCUUUAGAUUUAGAUUACUGAACUGUGACCCUUUAUUUUUUAGCUGUUUACGACUACACAUUUACACUAAGAUUGAACAUCCUCACGCAUGAUAUUGUGCAGUAUGGAGAAGGUUCUAGGAAAAACAGGAGUGGAGUUUGCUUAACUGGAAUAGGAUUUCAAGUACCAAGUACUGGAAACACCUUCCCGCAAUGAUCCUUUUCCUUCUUUGCCUACAAAUAGUACAUUGGACAUGACAUUUACUUCGGUUGAGAACUUGGAUUAUUGUGAACAAGGAUCAGUAGAAUAACACCGAGUUGUGCAGAAGUAGCACUGCCCUUACUCCUUUCCAAAACAACCCAACACUGUUUUACCUUGAAUUAUCAUUUCCAUUGUGCCAUGCAUCUUGUCACCACUGACGUGUUUCAGCAACAGAAAAACAGCACUGACCGUUAACUUUUAUAUGUACUAAAGGGCCCGGCUGCUUGACUCAACUAUGUCCAAAUUUGGGCAUUGAUGUUGAGCUUGUUUGUACGCCUUCAUAUUCGGGUAAACUGAAAAUUUAGCCUUUACAAGAUUGCAAAAGGAAAAGAAAAGGUGGUGAUAUACUCUUCUCUUCAUUUGUCUCAUUCUGCAGGAUUGUGAUACCUUGCAUUUAUCUGGGAUUAGUUGCCUGCUUUGCCGGUCUAUUAGUUUCCAGUGGAGCAGUGUCGAUUCUUGGAAUAUCCAGCUCGACUUGACAAUGUUAUUGGCUCGAUUGUACUAGCUGGCAUGGUGACUGAAUGUGAUCUGAUGACUGAUGCAGUUUGUCUUAGUGGUAUUAUCGGCCGGAGAUGCUCUUGAUUCUGCAAACACGGUUGGGUGCCAACUCUCCGCUCAGGGCUCAUCAGAAAAGGAGUACGGAUACUGUGAGAUGAAUAACUGCAGGAAAGUGGUUUUACCUCUAGGAAAGCUUGAGCUUAUCUAUGUCAGCUGUAAAUAGCCACAUUGCCAGAACAAACUCCAGAUUAGAAUUUGAGCCCAAUGGUUGUGCUAGAAAUGAAUUGCGUUGUGUGUUUCUUGUC